GGGAAUUGCAGUCCCCGCUCCGCUCUGUCCUGUCACAGGACUUUUUGCCCUCUGUUCCUGGGUCCCUCAGGCGGCCACCCAGUGGGCACACUCCCAGGCGGCGCUCCGGCCCCGCGCUCCCUCCCUCUGCCUUUCAUUCCCAGCUGCCAACAUCCUGGAAGCUUUGAAGCUCAGCAAAGAAGAGAAAUCCAUUGAGAACGGUCUGUAAAGAAUCUACUGAAGCAGUGCAAAAAUGAGGGGAGGAUUUAGGAAGCUCUUAUAAUUACCCAGGUUGUUAUGGCCAUUUGACUAAGUUCUGACGAAACAGGCUGUUCAGUAAGGGGUUAACUCAAGGCUUGGGGUGUUCAAAUUCCACAGAUGCCAAAGAAAAGACUGGCCCUUGACCAUCUCCUAAGAGAUAACCUUGGAGCUUUUGAAGCACCCUAACUGGUGUCCUGGGAAUACCUGCCUGCUUAGACCUUCUGUAAAAGCUCUGUGCAUCCUGCCACUGAGGACUCCGAAGAGGCAGCAGUCUUCUGAAAGACUUCAGCUGUGAGGACAUGUCGUUCAGAUUUGGCCAACAUCUCAUCAAGCCCUCUGUGGUGUUUCUCAAAACAGAACUGUCCUUCGCUCUUGUGAAUAGGAAACCUGUGGUACCAGGACAUGUCCUCGUGUGCCCGCUGCGGCCAGUGGAGCGCUUCCACGACCUGCGUCCUGAUGAAGUGGCUGAUUUGUUUCAGGUGACCCAGAGAGUCGGGACAGUGGUGGAAAAACAUUUCCACGGGACCUCUCUCACCUUUUCCAUGCAGGAUGGCCCCGAAGCUGGACAGACUGUGAAGCACGUUCACGUCCAUGUUCUUCCCAGGAAGACUGGAGACUUUCACAGGAAUGACAGCAUCUAUGAGAAGCUCCAGAAACAUGACAAGGAAGAGGAGGACUCCCCAGUCUCUUGGAGAUCAGAGGAGGAAAUGGCAGAAGAAGCUGCAGCUCUGCGGGUCUACUUUCAGUGACACAGAUCCUGAAUUCCAGCAAAAGAGCUAAUACCAACCAGUUUGAAGAUCCCCCUCCCCACGAGGAACUGAAUCAGCAUGAAAAUGUAGUUUCUUCAUCUCACCAUCCUGUGACUUCAUCCUGUAUUCUUUAAUCAAUGAUCCCCUACCUCGGUCACUCCAACCCCCUUAAAAUACCUAAGACCUAAACCGCUCAGACAGGCAGAUUUGAGGUUUCCCCCUGUCUCCUUAUUCGGCAGCCUUAUGAUUAAACUUCCUUCUCUGCUGCAA